AUGGCGGACAAUCAACUUGCAAUCAAUUCCUUGAGAGUAUUGGAAGAACAUGAAAUCAGAAUCACGAAUCUAGAACAGAUCGCUUGUGAACAAGCUAAACUUGAAGUUAGAAUUGCGAAAUUGGAACUGAAGCUGAUAUCUAAAAAUAAUCGUAAAUUCCAGAAUAAAUGUAUUCAGAUAGCUAUGGAAAUUCUUGAUGAGGGACCAAUAAUUGA